GAUGCACACAGAUGCUGGUGUUGGAGUAAGUCAGCCUGGUGAGGAGUUACAGAUUAUAACUAAGAAAGGACCACUGGAUACGACAAAGUUCACUUCCAUCGGAAGAGAUCCACCAGUCUACCUACUGAAAACAAGAGGAAAUGGCAAUCUCAACCAAAAGGUUUUUGGAAGUGCACCAACAAAAAGUGCAUCAAACAAAACCAUCAUGGUUGUUGGUGCCACUGGAUCUGGUAAGACCACCCUCAUAAAUGGCAUGAUCAACUACAUACUUGGGGUUGAAUGGGAGGACAAUUAUAGAUUUAAACUGAUACAUGAAGAAACCAACCAAUCACAGGCAUGCAGUCAGACUGCAGAGGUGACCGCCUACCAUAUUCACCACACAGAUGAAUUCCAAGUUCCAUAUUCUCUCACCAUCAUCGACACGCCAGGGUUUGGGGACACCCGGGGAAUUAAACAAGACAAAGAAAUCACAGAAAAAAUAAGAAACUUUUUCUCACUUCAGGGUGGAAUUGAUAGCAUUGAUGCAGUGUGUUUUGUAGUGCAGUCUGCAUUGGCUCGUCUGACACACACACAGAAAUAUAUCUUUGAUGCCAUCCUCUCCAUAUUUGGAAAGGACAUUGCCAACAGCAUCAUUGUUCUGGUCACCUUUGCUGAUGGCAAAUCACCCCCAGUACUGGAGGCAAUCAAAGCUGCUGACAUCCCAUGUGCUGCAGGCCCAGAACGCGCCCCUCUUCAUUUCAAAUUCAACAACUCUGUGCUUUUUGCCAGAAAUAAAGAAGCCAGCAGUGAUGACGACAACUUUGAUUACAUGUUCUGGAAAAUGGGGAAAGCCAGUAUGAACAAAUUCUUCACUCAUCUAGACAGCAUGCAACCCCAGAGUCUGACCCUGACCAAAGAAGUACUGCAAGAGCGCCGGCAGCUUGAGGCAACUGUUCAGGGGUUGCAGCCAAUGAUUCGAAUGGGUUUGUCAAAACUGGAGGAAAUAAACACCACAAAAGCUGCACUGGAAAACCAUGAGACUCACAUUAAGGAGAAUAAAGACUUUGAAUUUGAAGUAGAGGUAGAAAAAUCUGAGAAGAUUGAUAUUCCAUCAGGAAAGUUCAUCACCAACUGCCAUGGAUGUAACUUCACAUGCCACUAUCCUUGUGGAAUACCAAAAGAUGAGAACAAACGCGGAUGUGCUGCAAUGAAAUAUGGAAUAUGCAAAGUGUGUCCAGGAAAAUGCGUAUGGAGUGUUCAUUUUAACAUGACCUACAAAUGGGAUACCAAACGUAUAACAGAGAAGCGGACGUAUCAGGAACUGAAGAGUAAAUAUGAAGCAGCAAUGGGGAAGAAGAUGAGUAUGCAGAAAAUCAUUAAGCAGCUGAGAGUAGAAUAUGAGCAGGUGCAGGGGAAAGUUGUACAAAUUAUGGACACUGUAACCAAAUGUCUGAGACGCCUGGCAGAGAUUGCCCUUCGUCCAGAUCCUUUGUCUACUCCAGAUUACAUCGAUCUCCUGAUACUGUCAGAGGAGCAGGAGGCCAAGCCCGGAUUUAAGGAGCGCAUUAAAGAGUUGCAGGAAGUGAGACAAGGUGCAGUCCUCCUGCAGAAGGUGGCAGAGAGAGCCAAUCUAACUGAAAAAGAGAAGUCAAAAUGGCAGAAGUUUAAAUCAAAUGCAAAGGGGCUUUUCACAGAUUUUUUGUCACACUUUGAAUGAGUAUGGUAGGAUCAGGCUAUACUCCCUCACCCGCUUCAUCCAAACCUUCUAACUCAGCAUCAGCACCACCAUAACCUUUGACCCUAUCCUCUCCUAACCUCAUAUCACCACGUCAUGAAAACUGUCUUCUGUCACCUCCACAACAUUGCACGCCUCCGUCCCUCACCGCAGCUGAAACACUCAUCCAUGCCCUCAUCACCUGCAGGCUACUGCAACAGCAUUUGCUAUGGACUUCCUAAUAAAACUAACAAUAAACUCCAACACGUCCAGAACUCAGCUGCCUUCCUUCUCACCACCCACCGUCACAACAUCACCCCUGUCCUCCAAACACGAAUCAACUUAAAAAUACUCCUCACCUACCCUCUCAAUUCACCCCCCCCCCCCCCCCCCAAUACACCUCUCUGGCCUCCUAAUCUGCCACACUCACACCCGUCGCCUCAGGUUCAUUGAUGCAAACACACUCAAGACCACCAGGACCAAGUUCCAGAUCAGAGGAAAUUCAAAAACAUUAUUUAGCACAUUACCUUCUUUAUUUUAACUUUAUUCAUUCAUAUAUCUCUUUGCUCAAGGUCUGUGUAAUCAUAAAGUAAUUCUUUUAAUAUUGACUCAUGUUCAAUUCUGCAACCAUUUGCCAGAUUAUAGAUGCUGUUCUUAAACUUGUGCUCUUUUAUGACUUACAGCUAUCUGGUGUUGGGAAAAAGUACAAUUGCAUACAUGACAUUUUAGAUUAUUGGUAAAAUGUUGCUUUAUCAUUUUCUCCUCAUAUUUUGUUGUCUUUUACUUUGUACUCAUAGACACUGGGGACCAAAUUCAGCUGAAUUCCACUUUCAGUUCACAGCAAUCAGAGUGUAGUGUGAUCACUCUGUAUUAUGCCUGACGAUGCUGGACUAAAUGUUGUAUGACUUAUGCUAAAUAAAAGCAAUAUUAUAGUAAUUGACAGCACAGUUCUUCACUGCUUUGGUCUUGAAUAAUUGGUCUCCUGUGCUUAAGCGCUAAACCCAGUGGUCGCGAAGAUGACUCCGAUAUCAGCUCCAUAUUGUGGGAUUUA